AUGGUGAACAUUCCCAAAACCCGCCGCACCUACUGCAAGGGCAAGGACUGCAAGAAGCACACCAACCACAAAGUCACACAAUACAAGGCCGGCAAGGCUUCGCUCUUCGCCCAAGGAAAGCGCCGAUACGACCGCAAGCAGUCCGGUUACGGAGGUCAAACGAAACCCGUAUUCCACAAGAAAGCAAAGACAACGAAGAAGGUGGUGCUGCGGUUAGAAUGCACACAAUGUAAGACCAAGGCACAAUUGGCAUUGAAGCGAUGCAAGCACUUCGAGUUGGGUGGUGACAAGAAGACGAAGGGUGCGGCGCUGGUGUUCUAG